AAAUGAUAAACACGUUCCUGCUGCCCUCCUCCGUCCCAGCAUGCACCGCGCCGUCUGCAGCAUAAAGGAAAAAGGGCUGAAGAGAAACAACAGGGUGGGAUUACAGCAGACUGCUGUUUCUUCGGGUAUUCCUCAUCAAAUCUAAUGCGACAAGGAACAUGUCAUGCCCUCUGAGGAGCUGAGAGCGGUGCCUGUUUGCAUGCGUCGGGGGUUUGCAGAGUUUGAAAGUUCCUAGAGAAGCCUGGGGGGCCCGGUCAGAGAGCGGACAGGGACGGGGGCAGAGCUGAGUUGGAGCCAAUGCAGCAGCAGCAUCGACAGCCAGAGCUAGCGGAAGGAAACCUUCCAGUGUUUGUGUUCCCGACGGAGCUCGUCUUCUAUGCAGAUGAGCAGUCGUCUCAUAAGCAGGUGCUCACCCUCUACAAUCCCUAUGAGUUCGCCCUCAAAUUCAAAGUGCUGUGCACAGCGCCAAACAAAUAUACUGUGGUUGAUUCUACGGGAGCCGUCAAGCCACAGUGUUGCGUUGACAUAGUGAUCCGACACAGAGAUGUGAGGCCGUGCCACUAUGGCGUUUACGACAAGUUCCGGCUGCAGGUGUCAGAGCAAAGUCAGCGGAAAGCUCUGGGACGCAAAGAGGUGACGGCUACGCUCCGUCCCUCAGCCUCGCAGGAGCCACACAGCCCCAGGGCCCAAGAUGAGGAGAGGCGGAUUAAAGAGCAGUUUGCAGACAGCGAGUUUUAUGAACAGACUGCAUUUCAGACAGAGAGUCGUCCCGUUGCCGGAGGACCCAGUCUGCUCACCGUGCUGCUGGGACUCGUAUGCAUGAUCGCCCUCAUGCUCCCAACCAUGGGGGAGCAGGAAUCCACUGUGCCUGUCUACCUCCACUUAAGUGUUAACAAGAAACUGGUAGCUGCUUAUGUUCUUGGUCUUCUAACUAUGGUCAUCCUACGUACAUGAAGUUGUUUUUGUGCUGAAAGGACGAGGAUGAACAGUUUAAACCAGAGGAACGACUGCGCUUCCAACGAGUCGAGCUGACGUGGGCGUGGACGAGCUGACAAACACAUUUGAUCACAUUGAAUUCAAAUACGCAUUGUGUUUUCUAAGCUGUUACAAAAAAAAAAAGGAAGAUCUUAAGACUUUCGCGACAGGCCCGAAUGAGCCGGAGCGUAGCCAUCUCUGAACACCCCGUGUGAAGAAAACGGUCCAGCGUCCCAUGGACCUACGCGCAUAUUUUUUUUUGUCAUGUUAUGCCAUCGUGUAACGCAGUAGGGUUAACGUGAGUGUGAAGAAAUCGACAUGCAAACGUGUAUAUAAAGCCAUUAAAACAUCGUCAUGAACAUUG